GAUACCGAAAGCCUGUCAACAUUUAGAAAGUCAAGGGCAAAAACAGACCGUUUUUUAGACUCAUGUUUAAUUGUCAACGUCGCUGUUUACCUUGGUUUGAGAUGCGUUUGUAUGUCCGUGUGUUGUGGGAAUAAACACACUCCAGCUUGUCUGCUAGCCAGGAAGAGUUGACAUCUCACUGUUGGCUGCUGGUUAGCUGACACAGUCAACAUAGGAGCUAAAAUAAAGAGGUGAGUUUAUACGGCUUUUCGUUUCAUGUAAACACUUCUAAAUAUUGUAAGAAAGCACUAUAAAACAUAUUUAACAAGCGACUUGAAUGCCUUUCUUGUUUAGCUUAACAGGAUGGUGCGGGCUAAUUGAGGCCUCUUAACGGUGUUAUUGCCCAUAAUUAGAGCUCCAGAUGCGGCUUAAGGACCCCUUCUCUUUGAAAGCCGCCGACAUGACUAAGCGGACAAAUAAACCGAGGAAACCUCGUGAUGAAGAGUCAUCAGAUGAAGUCAGUGGGCUGACUUGCCAGCAUGUGAACAAGGCCGUGGACCUGAGCUCAGUGAAGAAGUCAGUGCUGUCCAGCGUGUGGUUGAUGUGCUCUGAGUGCCUAAAGGAAAGGACCAUGAUUGAUGGAGAGCCAGCAACAUCACAUGACAUCUUGGUCUGCCUCAAGUGUGGUUCCCAGUGCUGUAACCAGUCAGAGAUCCAGCACGCUGUCAAGCACCACCAAAUCUUCCAUCCUGAGUCUCACUGCAUCACCAUCAGCUUGAGCACAUGGAAGGCCUGGUGUUUUGAAUGUAACGAGGAGCUCUCCACUCACUGUAACAAAAAGGCCUUGGCUCAGACCCUGGAUUUUCUACAAAAGCACUCUGUCAAGGCAACAUCAGCAGCGUCACCCAAGAUCAUCAAGCUGCGAGAGGAACCAUCAGAUUAUAGUGACUCCCACAGAGGCAAGAGUCCAGCCAUCAACAGCACCCUGGUUCCUGUCAAAGGCAUCAAUAACCUCGGCAACACCUGCUUCUUCAACGCUGUUAUGCAGAACCUGUCACAGACACACAUGCUCAUCGACCUCAUCCAGGAAUUGAAGGAGAAGGGAUACAAGCUGAAGAUCUGCCCCACUGUCGAGACCCAUCUGAGUCCAAUGACAGUAACGCUGCCCAGUCCAGAGCCUCUGACUGCGGCCAUGUUUCUGUUCCUCCAGAGCAUGAAAGAACCAGGAAAAGGCCCGGUCAAUCCCAAGAUCCUCUUUAAUCAGCUCUGCCAGAAGGCACCGCGUUUCAAGGGCUACCAACAACAGGACAGCCAGGAGCUUUUGCACUACUUACUGGACUCCAUACGAGUAGAGGAAACUAAGAGGGUAAAAGCAGGCAUCCUGAAGGCUUUCAACAAUCCCACAGAGAAGACAGCAGAUGAAGAGACCAAACGCCAAGUCAAAGCGUACGGGAAGGAAGGUGUGAAGAUGAACUUUGUUGACUCCAUCUUUGUAGGCGAGCUGACCAACACCAUUAUGUGUGAAGAGUGUGAGCAUAUCUCCACAGUGAAGGAGGCUUUCAUAGACAUCUCUUUACCCAUCAUAGAGGAGAGGAUAUCGAAACCGUCCAACCCCGGCAGGCUGGGGAAGGGCAGCCGGGAGCAGGACGCCCACCUGAGUCACAGCGAUCAGGUUCUGUCUUCAGCACACUCCGUCAACAGAAACACCAGGAAGCUCAGUGGACAGAAACAGCAGGCCAGGAGGUCUUCGAGCUCCGUGGAGGAGAAGGGGGCAAGCUGUGGUGCGGAGCGGCCAGAGGAGGAGGGCGUGGCAGGCGUUUCGGCCCGUGGCGUCUCAGUUUGCAAGAUGGCCGCUGCCGGCAGCCUUUCAGACGGCAGCGAAAGAGACUCAGGUCCUCAGGACAGCAGCAACGACGCAGACAGCGAGGCUUCAGAAAGCGAGUGGGCCCCACACACCUCCUCCUCCAGCCACGCCCACACCCACGCCCAAGUGUCGUCCACUCUCACUCCAUCCCCUACACCCAUCUCCACCUCCUCACCCUCGUCAUCCUCCUCCGCUAGGCAGGGUGGUGCUGUAGAGCAGCUGGUUACUGCGGUGUCUAAAGUCAACCUGGGCUUCGCCUCUGCGGACUGUUCACCUUCCACACACUGUACUCCAGAGGAGUCGGGAGAAACACAGUCGCGAGAUAAUCUCCACCAUCCACACCACCAGGGCGCGUUCCAGGCUCUGUCCCACAGUUACACCCCCAGCUCCAAGGAGUGCUCCAUCCAGUCCUGCCUACACCAGUUUACCUCUGUGGAAUUGCUGAUGGGCAACAACAAGCUGCUGUGUGAGAGCUGCACUGAACGCAGACAGAAGCAGCUGCGCAAGAGCAGCUCAGCUGAUAAGAAGGUGGAGAAGAUUUACACCAGCGCCAGGAAGCAAAUGUUAAUUUCCUCGCUGCCUCCUGUCAUCACAUUGCAUCUCAAACGUUUCCACCAGGCAGGGAUGAAUCUACGAAAGGUGAACCGCCAUGUUGACUUCCCGCUGAUCCUGGAUCUGGCUCCGUUCUGCUCGAUGACCUGCAAGAAUCAGAAUUCAGCUGGUGAGCGGGUCCUCUACAGCCUGUAUGGGAUUGUGGAGCACAGUGGCUCCAUGCGUGGGGGCCACUACACCGCUUAUGUAAAAGUUCGCCCUCCCCAGAGGAAAACAGAACAGCAUCACAGAAACCUGUCAGGUGCGAGGGAGGCCAGCAGCAGCUCCCAGGGCCAGUGGGUCUACAUUAGUGAUACCACCGUUCAGACAGUACCAGAGUCAAGAGUACUCAACUCUCAGGCAUACCUGCUCUUCUAUGAGGAAAUGCUGUAAUGUGACCGGAAGUAUUUUAUACUAGAUAUCUGUUUUGCUUUGUAUUGUUUUUGUUACAGCCUGUAUAACUCCUCUUACUGUAUCUGAGAAGGAGAAAAGAAAAGGGACCGACUACACACACACUUUUCUUACAUGUGAGGAAUGAGCGUCGUGUUACUAAAGCAGAAAUUCUCAAUAAAAAAAUUGGCACUUCUAAAUUUUAGAUGUAAAAAGAAACCCAUGAGAAGGUACUUUCUGCUUUGAUAUAGUCCCAAUUUUCAUUCACGUAUCCUAUUUUAAAAAAUCCUAACCUUUAAGAAGAGGUCAGGAGAGAAGAGUGUUAUUGAACCUGAGCUGUUCUAACUUUGUCGUCUAUCUGUAUCAUUCUGAAACUGAAAAGCCGAUGUCAAAUGCGUGUGUGUUCACUGCUCACUCACACACAGAUGUAUGAGUGAAUGAGUGAGUGAGUGAGAGACAGACAGGAGAAUGUAAUUUCAAGGUGCUACGUGUAUCAUUUUCACAUCAGUAAAUGAUUGCCACAUGUAGUUUGAGUUACUAUAAUGAUCUUAAACACGCACAAACAUGAAGAAUAUUUGCUCCCCUGUCAGCACUCUACACUAAAGAUUUUACAUUUUGUGGCGCUGCCUCUGCUUGAUUGUUUCUGGCAAUGGCUGAUGAUACAUGUGAAGAAACAUCAAUGGAAAAAUGAAUUUGGACACGUUUGUCUUCUUCACUAAAGAAAAAGACGCUGAGGAUGAGGACAAGUCAGGUAUCCUUUAUGACGGGAUUUAUGGGAAAUGUGGUCACAUAUUUGAGAACCUUGAUCAGUAAUAAUAGUAAUCGUUUAAACUUUUGCCAUAUUUAUUCAUGAUAAUAAUAAUAAUCCACAUUCUAUCAUAUAAAGUAGUUCACAUUGCCAAACUGGUUUGAAUUGCUACAUAUGGCACCUUUAAAUAGUAGCUCAACACAGUUAUUUUACAGACUACUUUGGUGAAAAAAAGGAUUGUUCGUUUUUGUUUUUAUUUUACAUCAGAAUGUAUAAAUGUAAGACUAUCACUAAAUUACAUUUGCCAAAGACGGGUUUUGCCACUGCGAGUCAUAGCAGAAAAUCAAAACCGAACACACAAGGAGUUUCUUUAACAUUCGUUCAGGUCAUCAGUACGGUUCUUGAGCGUUGUUGUACAAACAACCUACUCAACCUACAUUUAUCAGAUCAAUAAAGCACCUUGUCUGCCUUCAUUGUAUUUCAGCUCGACUCUAACUGUGUAGGCACACACAAACACAUUAAGAUGCUCAACAAAGAGUCGGACUGACUUCUUAUACACUAGUACUAUCAGUAAGGUUGAGGAGAAGAAAAUAGAGAUAUAAAAAACUCAAAAGGCUCUGAGUCCUACUAGAAAAACAUCUUUGCUGUCAUGUGCAUGGGGUUAAAUGUUAUAAUGAAUGUAUUGCCUAUUCUUGAAAUGUCUAUGUCAAAUGAGCUGUUCAUCUUUUUCUAUGAAAACAUUUUAGAUGACAACAUUCAUUUUUUUUCUUGCUUGUUGGACAUUUGCCAAAACAGUAGAAGGGAAAAAGGUUUAGAAUAAAGAGGUUUAAUGUUUUCUUAAGCUUCAGGUUAAGAAACCUGCGCAUGGUGAGAAGAAAAAACAUGCAGAGUCGGAAAUGCAAAGAGGGAAACGCGUGGCAUAUUUAUGUACAGCAUAAUUUACUGUAAGCGAAAAUAAUAACGAGUAUAUGUAACUGUAUAUAUACUAAAAACAAUACAAAAUCAUGGUGCUUCAGGCGUGCAGGGUUUUUCCUCCAGACAGAUUUUUGUUUCCAGAAAAAAAAACAUUUAAUUACAAAAUGAUGAACAUUUGGAAUGAGUAUAACAACAUACUGUAUCAAAAGCAAAAUAAAUCUAAUUUAUGAAGUGAACC